AUGGAGCCAGUGCUCGGACACGCUCCCGUGCUGCCGCCCGACGACGGCCAGCCGCCGGAGAAGCCCUAUCAUCCGAAACGACCUCACCGGAAGUCUCGCAAGGGUUGCCUCACAUGCAAGACCCGCAAGGUCAAGUGCGAUGAAAUCCGGCCCAUCUGCAGGAACUGCAGGCUACGCAAUCAACAAUGCGUAUACGCAACUCCCCCAGACUCGGCCUCGGGCUCGUCGCCGUCCGGCUCGGUCUCUUCUUCAUCAUCCGCCGCCCUGGUCCGCACCGCAGCUUCGCCCGUCGUCAUCGAGCCGCAGUUUCUGCCGCCUGAUUUCGAUGAGACUGCCAUGAGGUUCCUCUGGUAUUACACGACCAACACCUGCUCAUCCUUCUCCAUUGAAGGCGGCGACUUCAGACCCAUCGAGGACAUUAUGAGGACCACCGUGGUGCAGUACGCCUUCGGCUCGCCUUUCCUCAUGGACACUCUGCUCGGCCUGGCUAGUCUCCACCAGCAGACGCUUCUCAUGGACCACAACCAGCAACGAGCCAUCGCAUACAGGGCGCGCGCAUUCGAAGGCUACCGACACGUAAUAACAUCGCCCAACGGCAAGGACCGAUGCGCCAUGCUCGCCAAUGCCCUGCUCCUCACGGCACUCGCUUCGGAAAACUUUCGAGACUUGUACGGCCCCAAGUGCUACAUCGUCAACUGGAUCGUCGUGUGGAGAGGCAUCGGGCUCUUGAUUGACCACAUAGGUCCCGAGGAGGUGCAGGCAAGCGGCCUCGGACCUCUAUUCUACAGACCCCAGAUUGAUCUCGACUUGUCGGCUGCCGAUAUCCCUAGCCACCUCCUUCUCAUGCUAGAAGACAUCAAGGAGGGCGACCCGGAACAUCAGCACAAACGCAUAUACUACAAGGCUCUCGAGUUCCUGGGCUCGCUUUUUCAGAAUCUGCGCUUGGGCGGCUUUGGCGCAGUCAUGAGGCUGCGCAUCAUCACCUGGCUUACGUUCCUGCCCCAGCAGUUCGUGGAUUGCGUACAGAACAUGCUGCCACGAGCCCUCGUCAUCCUCGCCCACUACGCCGCCUUUCUCAAGCUUAUGAGCGGAGUCUGGUGGCUGAAGGGUGUCGGAAACCGUUCGCUCCACGAUCUCCUGGAUCACCUCGGUCCGAAAUGGAGCCAUCUCCUCAAGAUGCCACAAGAUGCCAUCCGCGAGGAAGAUGAGCUCAAGGUUGCCCGCAUCAUCCUCGGCAACACGCGAUGGGUGUCCCAGAUACCAGCCGGAGGUUACUGGGACGCCCAGCAGGAAGCCGAAACAAGAGAGCUUACCUGGGUUGACGACGAGGGCAGGGCGGUUCGCGCUAGAACUGUGACCGAGAUUCCUGACGACUACAGUACCGCCCCUGGACCUAGGGAAGGGUCUUAG